AUGAGCGACCACGACGGUGAGCGGCCCCGGGCGCGGGCGCAGUUCCGCAAGCCGCGGGUGCGCCUGAACUUCUCGCGGCAUGUCGCGGGGGCCGCGGCGACGGGCGAUGGGCCGAAGACGAAGCCCUACAUGCAGGGCUACGACCGCGAGCUCGACAGCGAGGACGACGAGACGGGCGAGGGCAUGGCCUUUGAGGAGCAGCUGAUUUUGCGGGUGCCUGACGGCCCGGGCGAGAAUGGCGAGCUGGACGAGCUGCGGCGCGUGAUCAAGCGGCGCGGCGAGUACAACGACGUGUGGUUCAAGUUCAAGGACUCGCGCCGCGCCGUGUUCCACAUUGGGCAGCAGCUCUACGCCGCCAAGCUCGUCGACCUGCCCUGCAUUGUCGAGUCGCACAAGACGCUCGAUAACAAGCAGAUCUUCAAGAUCGCGGACAUUUCGCAGAUGCUGCUCAUUGAGCGGCCGAUCGCGAGCGAGGCCGAGGCGAUCGCGAGUGGCGCGACGCGCAGUUCGCACGAUGACUAUAUCUACCCCCACGGGAUCACGCCGCCGAUGCAGUGGGCGCGCAAGCGGCGCUUUCGGAAGCGCAUCCACAACCAGUCGAUCGAGACGGUAGAAAAGGAGGUCGAGAGCCUCCUCAAUGACGACAAGCGCGCCGAAAAGGUCGAGUACGAGUUUGUCGACGCACACACGGCCGACCUGAUCGAGCAGGAGCUCGCGCAGCAGAAGCUGGAGCGCGCGGACGACAAAGACGACGGGGCCUCGCAGGCCGGCGGCGACGGCGACGGUCUCGACGGCGACGCCCUCGACGACGAGGAGAACGUCGACCAGGACCUAGCCGCCGAACUCGAUGCGGCGCUUGCGCGGGCGCAGGGCGGUGGCGAGUCGGGCAGCGACAACGACGAGGGCUAUUCGGACGACGACGACCGGCAGAGCGCGCGCGACAGCGACCUGGAGGAUCUAUGGGACGACGACGACGACGACGAGGCGGAGGACGAGGCGGCAGGCACGGCGCCUCUUCCCGCGGAGGGCGACGGCGCCGCGGGCGACGGCGGCGAUGCGGACGCGGACGACGACGACGGCGAGGAAGAGGCCGAGCGCCGCGUGCGUGAGUCGCAGCUCGAGGCCGAGUGCCGCGAGAUCGACGUGCUCGUCAAGCGGAAGCAGCACGAUGUCGACAGCACGAUGAAUGCGCUGCUGAAGAGCCGCCACCAGCAGGCCCUGCGCAAGCUGCAGACCGAGAGCGCGCGGCCGAGGCGGCCGCCGCGCGGCCGAGGGCGAGCGUGA